AGACAAGAUGUCCUUCGCAACAGACGCUACAGCACCGCCAAGACCUGCAUUGACUGGCAAUGCGGCCGAAUUAUUUGUACGUCAUUCUAUUUUGGGCCAAAGAACAUGUUCCCCCUUUAUGGAGUACAAGAUCGACUCUUGUCCCAGAGUCGUCUCAUCAAUUGAACCACAUGCAUUCAGACAACAAUGUCAAUUACUUCAUCGCUGACCAUGGCCGUACAGGACAAUCUGACUCUCAAUGACAAGCCCCCUUCUACCAAGAAUGGCAUGCGACCACCUCCUCCCCGAUCCAACACUGGUGAAAAGGCACCUCCCCCAUACUCAGCAGGUUCUCGCUCUGAAAAUGUCCCCCCUCGAGGUCCACCUGGUCACCGUCCAUCUAGAUCACAAGAGGAGGCAAUGCGUGCUCGCAGAGCUGCCACUCAAGGUUCCUCUAGCAGAUCGCGCCCAAGUCAAGAAUUAGACAUCUUUGCCGAUCCGAUCGAAUCAUCCUCCAAGCCAGGUCCCAGAUUGAGGAGAAAUUCCGAUUCAUCGGUUCUGAGUGGCCAUCGCAAGUCUUUGGAUCCUGAGGAGGAUAGAAAGCGACAAGAGAGACGACGACGUGAGCGUAGAGAACGUAGAGAGAAGGAAGCCAAGGAUCCCAAGAACAGAAAACCACCUAAGAAUCUGGAUAUCAUCGAUAAGUUGGAUGUUACUAGUAUUUAUGGCACUGGAUUAUUCCAUCACGACGGUCCGUUCGACGCAUGCAAUCCUCACCGCAACCGACAAGGCAGCAGACGUGCCCCAAUGCAAGCAUUCCCUAAAGACUCAUUGAAUAAUGUCUUGGGAGGAGGAGGACCACUUAACAAAAGACCUGAUCACGCAACUUUCCUAGGACAGGCCGAUGAAGAAGCUUUCAAGGACUAUUCCAAAGGUGGUCAAGGAUUCAAUGGAUAUGAACCUUAUGACAACGGGGCUAUUCGUGCACCACCAAAGUCGGAGCUGAACGUGUUGAGUGCAACCACCAGAGUUGAGCCUAUCCACGGGGAAGAAACCCUUGGUUUGGGUACGUCUACUUUCCUCGAAGGUGCUCCAGCUUCCAGAGCAGCCUUGCAACGUCGUGAGAGUGAACAACAAACUUCCCCAACUGAAGCUGGUGGUCUUGGACGAAAGAAGUCAUUGGCUCAAAGAAUUCGUGGUGUCAACACUCGACGUGACUUUGGUCCAUCUGGUCGAAUCACUAGCCCUGAUGGUGUAUACUCCCCCGAGGCACGCACACCAGGAGGUACAAAGGUCGAAUCCAACCCAUUCUUCAACGAAUUCUCCAAGGGCGACGACAGCAAGAAGGAGAGUAUCACAAUUGUUGAGCCAGAAAGAACUGGUCGCGCUCGCGCACCCAGCAGUCCUCGACGAGGAUUUGGUGAACGUCUUGAGCGGCGAGUUACAAGCGAUGGUAGUGGUGACAUGCCGCCAUCUGUUGCUCCAAAGAUUGGUGGUGGCUUUCUGUCGAGAGUGAAGUCUCUUAAGGGUGGACCACGCAAGCCUAGAGCUGAGAAGCCUUUAGCGCAAGAUGCUUGAAGCAGGCACAUCUGAGCCACGACUUGUACCAGCACAGAUCUCGAGAAAAAUGAACCAGCAAAAGUAUACAGCGACGGCCAGCAGCCUAUGAACUAUUUUC